AUGAAGCAAGCAUUCGUUGACCGCAACACCGCCGUCACCAUUCGAGACACAGAAAUCCCCAGUCCCAAGGAAGGUCAACUUCUGAUCCGGGUCGUGGUAUCCGGCACCAACCCCAAGGAUUGGAAACUCCCGCAAUGGCCCAUGCGUGAUGGACAUGGACCAUCAAAUGAGGGAGAUGACAUCGCCGGUUAUGUUGAAGCCGUUGGAGAAGGCGUUGUGGGGUUCAGCAAAGGUGACAAGGUUGCGGCCUUCCAUCAGAUGUUGACAGCCGAUGGGAGCUUCGCCGAGUACGCGAUUGCUCACGCAUACACGACGUUUCAUCUUCCAGCAAAGACCAGCUUUGAGGAGGGAGCCACUAUCCCUCUUGCGGCUAUGACAGCCGCCCUGGGCCUCUACCAACGAUUGAACUUGCCCUUGCCUUGGAAUCCAGCAUCUGAACCUCUACCACUGGUGGUCUAUGGCGGAGCUUCAGCUGUGGGUGCGUACGCCCUGAAAUUCGCUAAGCUUUCCAACAUUCACCCGCUCAUCGUAGUGGCUGGAAGAGGAAAACCCUAUGUGGAGACCCUGAUUGAUCGUAGCAAGGGAGACACAAUCAUCGACUACCGUGACGGUGAUGAUGCUGUGAAGGCCCAAAUCGCAGCUGCUAUUGCUGGAAAGCCUAUUCGCCAUGCGUUCGACGCCGUCUCAGAGAAGGGUAGUUACCAGAAUAUCGCUAGCGUGCUAACCUCACCCGGGACCAUCACAACUGUGCUCCCUGCCACAGGCUAUCAAGCUCCGACAGGCAUUACGAUCGUGGGUACUAAUGUAGGAUCCGUCCACCAUCCUCCCACGGAGGGCAAGGAGGUUGAGGAUAGGGAAUUCGGUGCUGCCUUUUUCCCUUUAAUUGGACGAGGCUUGACACAGGGCUGGUUCUCGGGACAUCCGCAUGAGGUACACCCUGGUGGACUUGGUGGUCUGGAAGGAGCACUCAAAGAUUUGGCAGCUGGAAAAGCCUCGGCUGUCAAGUAUGUUGUUCGUAUCGGGGAAACGGAGGGCGCUUCGCAAUGA